AUGCAAAUGGUCAAGGAUGUUCUAGCCAACAGUGAUAAAGUUUCAGAGGUCCUACAAGAGUCUACUCAUCAGUUCAACCUGCUUACUUCACCCACCUUCCUACCAAAGGUCAAGGAUCAAGGGAAAUUCACUCUCCCUUGCACACUUGGGCAUCUUGAGAUUGACAAUGCCUUAGUGGAUUCUGGAGCAAGCAUCAAUCUGAUCUCUCUCUCCAUGGCAGAGAAGCUAGGCAUAGCUGGAGCCUUGCAGCGCCCUACUACUUCAAUCAUGUUUGGAGAUGCAACUUCUAAGUCUCCUCUUGGAGUGUUCAAGAACUAUCACUUGAAAAUUGGAGAAUGCAUCAUCCAAACUGAUCUCACUGUGAUGGAAAUGGAAGAAGAGAAGGAUUUGCCUCUGUUAUUGGGAACCCCUUUCCUUAGUACAGUUGGCGCUUCAAUAGACUUUCACAAGCAAGAAGUGAUCCUUCACAAGGUGAAUAGUUUGGUGUCAUAUCGCUUGCAGCCUAGAGGUUCAGACUUUUGUGCCACAAUUGACAGUACCAAUCUCAGUUCUAAGAGUCAUGGAGCUACAAAGGUUGUGAAGGAAAGGGUUGACAAGGAACCAAGAGUUGGGAAGGAUAAGGAUGAGAGAGGACCAAGGAUUGAGAAGCCACGUCUUGAGAGGGCUAGAGUUGAGAAACCACGAUCUGAUAGGCCAAGAGCUGAGAGACUUGUUCAAGCCCCUUGUGUGCUUGAUGAAGAGAGCCUUCAAGCUUUGUUUGAUGAGCCACUAGGAAGGGCUCUAAAGAAGGGGAGGAUGCAGCCUCUAAGGCAAGACCAGGAGAUAAAAGAAAGGAUCCACCAGCUCAGGCCCCUUCAGUCAAGCCAUCUCAGCUCACAAUGA